GUGGAUGACAGUGGCGCCUUGUUAUGAUUUUUUGCUAUGAAAAUAACUUGAUGGCUCGUAUUGAUAUAUUUAAUGAAGUCAUUUUUAAUUUGUUUAUAAAUGGGAUUUUGUUAUUUCGUUUAAUUUUAGUUCAAAGAUUGUAAAGGUGACUACUUUACAGCUUCAUCUUAGUCUAGAGUGGUCUAGAGGAUGAGUUACAAUAACAGUCCUUGGGAGAACCCUGCUCAGACAUGGGGUAACAGAGGCAGGCCAUGGCAGAGGUUUAGUAAUGUCCAGGGCAGAGGUUCUGGAAAUGUCAGUGGAGGCAGGGGAAAUCAAUCGAAUUGGCCCAGAAAUAGCAAUUACAACCCGAAAUGGAAUAAUGUUAAACACUACAACAAUCAUAGAGGCCAUGGCAGAGGAUAUUGGCAGAAACCUUAUACACAACAACACUUCAACAUACCUCCACCUAAACCUCCUUCUCCUUUGCCAGGAACUGAAGAAUACACGCAGAGGAACAUACAGCAAACCAGUGAAUUGAUAAAAAAGCAGUUAUAUAUUGGAGGAAAUUAUAUUGAUGAGGAGGAGAUGAAUGAACAAGAGCCUGAAAUGUCUUAUAACAAUACUAAAGUCAACACUGAAAAUUCACCACAAAAUAAUCACCUAAAAACUGUUAAGAAGGUGAAGACUAUAAAUGUGAAGGAAGUACAUGAUAAAAUUAUAAGGCACAUUUCUAACAUGAGUUUAAGUCAAAAGAUUAACUUUGUGGAGCGAGGAUCGUCAGAAUAUGAUCGGUUAAUCCGAGAGAUUCAAAUGCAGAAGCGGUUAGAGUUGUCUAGAACGUUGAGAAAUAUGAGUAACAAUUUUGAGCAUCGAAGUGCCGAUUGCGAUGUAAUUAAUUCGAUAAUACCAGAUAUCGGUAUAAGGAUUGAAGAUCUGCCCAAGGAAUUCAUUGAACAGUUGUCAAGUACACUCAAUAUGGACUUUGACUGCCUCGGUAUUAAUGACUCUCAAGAUAACGAAACUAUAGAUCCAUUGGAUUUCGAAUAUUUGAAUACUCCAAUCAAUAAGGCCACUUUGGACUCUAAUUAUUGCAGUCAAAUACUGGAGAUGACCAAUUUUGAUACAAAUCAGUCCUAUUUAAAUAUCAGUAAUGAGAGUGCUGUUAUGCAACAAUCAAAAAGUUUAGAUGAGGAGGAAGAGGCAAAGAAAAUCAAGAACUUAAUGGAAGAGCAAGAAGAGGCAAAAUUGAAAGAAAAGGAAAAAUUGGAAAAACUGAAAGAAGAGGAAAAAUUGAAGAAAAUGAAAAAAGAAGAGGAAGCAAUGGCGAGAAUGAAAAAAAGAAGCAACGAAGACAAAGUGAAAAUGAAUACAAUUAUUGACGAAGAGAUCUCUCCACCAAUUGACCUUGCAGCUCAGAAGAACGAGUACAAAUUUAGAAUUUCCCAUUUCAUGGACAGCAUCAAUAAAGAUAUUGAUGAUAAUGUGGUUCCACCAACAACCUUUAACGAGGAACAAAAUUCCUACGAGAAAAAAAGCUUUCAAAAUGAAAAAUGCAACAGUAGAUUUCAGCCGAAAGGUUUUCGCGCUUUUCGUAAAGAUUCAAAUAACGAGUGGCAUAAUCAACAAGAUAAUCAGAACAGACAAUACAAGAGAGACAGGUCAAACGAUUGGCAAGAUCAUAAAAAUACACGUCGUGACAAAUGUAAGAACUGGAAAAAUAGAAACGAUCAAAAAAGAAAUCCUGAUAAUAAUCAAAGAAAUCGUACUAAAUAUGAACAAAAUAAACAUAAUAGGACACUAGAAGAAGAGAAGUGUAAACCAUCGAAAAAUAGCGAUGACCAAUCUAAAAUUGCCUCCGAAAGUAAAUCAAGCGAGAAAAUAGAUAUACAGAAACGGUCAGAUGAUGAAUCGAAAUUUAUCGAAAAGUCAAUCAGUGAAGAAGCAAAUAAAAAUGCCAUUCCGAUAAUUAAGGAAAUUAUGAUCGAGGAUGGUAUAGUAAAGAAUACUCCAGGUAAAAUAAGGUCAUUUAAAAUACCGAAAUUGUCAGAUCGUAAAGAACGAAAGGAUACUGUUAUCAAAGGCAGCGAGAUUGAGCAGUCAUCCGAGAAAAAAGUAGAAAAUUGGUUUGAGAAAAAUGUUGAUCAACUUACGUCAAAACAUAAAAAGAAACGUAAAAAAAGUAAAUGGGACCAUAAUGAAUGUAAAACAGAGACAUCUGUAGAAGAACCAAUUAAAGUGGAGCAGAUAAAUACUGAAACAGAAAUAUCAAUAAAUACUGUUGAGAAUACGUUAACCGAAACUGAUGACAAAAUUAACGAAAUAUCCAAUUACGAUGAUACAUUCGACGGCGAUUACGGACACUUUGACGAUGAUAGUCUGGACGGUGAUAAAUUCAUUAUUAAGGAUUCUAUUUCCUUGAUUGUGGAUCAAUUAGAUGAGGAUCACAAAAUGGAAAGUAAGCUGAAGGAGACUGAUGAACAAUCAAUGAAAGAAAUUUUAGAAAAAUGCGAAACUAAAAUGGAUCAAGCGCAACAUGAAACUGUAACAAAUAUGGAUAAAUUAUCUUCAUCCAACGAAAAAGUGCAAAAUAAUGAUAACUCACCACUAUCUCAAAAUUUAGAAAAUGAUAAUGAUUUGUUGAUAGAUCAAAAGAAUUCGAUGCCUGAUAAAUUAGAAAUUUUGCAAAAGGAGCAAGAGGUCUGCAAAGAGGCCAAAGAUGAACAUUUUGAUAAUACGAUGAAAGAACACGAUAGUCAAGAUUUGAAAGAAUUAAUCGAUAAUUCGAUCGAAAAUAAAUCGAUUGCCGAAAAUAUUGCAUUACAAUUAUCACCCACAAAGUCUGAGGAGACAAUAAACGAGUUUCAUAAAGAAUCGUUGACUUUAACGAAACAACCUUCUAACCUUCCUGCCAAUUUAAUUAAGGAAACUCAUGAGGAGACAAUAAACGAGACUUUAAAAAAAGAAAAUAUUGGAAACGAAAUAAUUGAAGACAAAAUAUCAACCUCAGAAAAAGUGGAAAGUGAUGAUAAUUUGUUAAAUAUUGAUCAAACUUCUUCGUCUUUAGUUGAAUUAAGUGUACUGCCAUUAGAAGACAUUAAAUGUGAAGAACGUUUGCUGCAAGUCACGUCUCCGAGAAAACUGUGGAGGUCUCCAGGAGAAAAGAAGCUGUUGCCAAUGGAUUUGCCCAACAUUGAGACUCAGAAUUCCAGUUUGGAAAAUGAAGAAGAAGAGCUUCAAAUCGCGAUAUUUGGUGAAGAUUGCGCUUCUGAAAACGUUCAUGUUAGCGAGGAGGAGAAUGGUAGAAUCGUACUUAAAAUAAAGUUGAACAAGAAAAAUUUAUUUAAAGAGAAUAAGGAUAUGGAGAACUUGGGUAAGGUCCAAAAGUACAUCGCACGCAUCCUCAAAAAAGUUUCAGAAAGCGGCAACGACGACAAUAAUUUCUCAAUUGUCGAUAAGAUCAAGAUGAAACGUUUAAAUCGCGCUAUGCCUAAGAGUAUGAAAAUGAAACUACAAAGGGAGUUGGAGGAGGAGGAACAAUUACACCACAUUCCAGAUAAAAGUUUAUUCAGUGAUUCGACGGUAUACCAAAAGGUUAUUCUUAAUAAACUGAAAAAUACUGAUCAAGAACUUAAAAGAUUGGAAGUGUCUCAGGUAAAAAUGCAAGAAGAUCUUAGAAUAAUACACGAGGAAACUGUGAAACUAUUUCAAUUUCGGGAAAAGUUGCAUCAAGAGUUAUUAGGGAACCUGAUCGACCAACCAGCAGAGGAAACAAGUCCUCCAAAGGUUGCAGAAAAACCAAAUUUUAAACGUAAGAGGAAAAUGAAGUUAGCCUCGGUCAACAUCGAAGAAUGCAUCGAUACCGUAAUGAACGACUUUACAGAAGAUCUGAAGACUAUGGGCUACGGCAAGGUGGAGGCAGCUCAGACGGAGAAACAAUCAAUUGAAAAUAGCAAAUAUCCAGAAUGUUCUAAGCGAUUAGUGGUUAGGCUUGUGAAACAAGAUCUGAAUAAACUAAAGGAACAACUUUAUAAAAUUAACGAUUGCUGUGAAAUUAAUUUCGAUGGCUGGGACGGAUCUAUUCUCGUUAUAAAGGUGGUGAAUGACAUUGUUGUAGCCGGAAACGAUAAAGGCGUUUUGUAUUUUUACAAUAUCAAUGCGCCUAAGCUUCUGAAGUCACUAUCAUUAGCUUCGAAGGCGAUCGCUUCGAUUUUUGCGGUUUUUAAGCAAUCUCAAACAAUACUUUAUAUUGGAUCAUUGGAUGGAACCCUAUCUGCGGUUAACCUGGACACCUACGAAGUGCUCUCCACAGUCAACGUCGACGACUCCAUCCUCUGCAUGGAAUCCGCUUGGGGCUAUAUCUUCUGUGGUUCACAGUCCGGAAAUUUAAUCCGCUUCAAUAUUAAGAAAAAUAAAGUCGAAGACACGAUUACAAUUUCUGAAAAGGAUCUGCUAGUAUUAAAAGCAACCCAAGAGGGUGCAAGAAGGGUCUUGCUAUUGGCAACCAGAAACUCGCCAGUGUCUGUCCGGGACGCCAUGUCUGGACUCCUUAUGCGCACCAUGGAGGGAAUGAUAAAUCCCACGGUAUAUACGAUGCUACUACAUAACAAUAAAGUAUAUUGCGGAACAAGUCAGCAUAAUGUACUCGUCUACACUUUUCAGGAUGGGCAGCUAAUUCACAAACAUGAACAAAGUAAUACUUCUGGAGUAGUCUGCAUGACGAUUAUCAACAACCUUUUAUUUGUCGGUUGCUACAAUGGUAACAUCUAUGCGUACAACACAAAAACUAUGGAAUUCAUCACUUCUUUUUCCGGUCCCGGAGGACUCUUUCUAUCCAUGGAGGUUACCAACAAACGCAUAAUUGCCGGAACGAAGCAAAACAAAUUUAUGUCUUGGGCGCUACCAGAAUGUGUUUUAAAUCAAAUUAGUUAUUAAGCAAUAAGUUGAGUGUCGAAUAUUUCGUGCCUUAAUUUUAAGCUUUGUGUAGCUACUUCAUGUCUCAGAGGUCUAUCAAACAUUGUAUUAGUACAUUCAUGAUCGAUUACGUAUUUUAUCUGUAUAUUUUGAAAUAACUAUUUUACGUUUGUAUUAUUUAAUAUCUUUAAACUAUGAAUAUUUUUAUAUUUGCUGUACAUUAUUUUCUCUUC